AUGUCAAAGCACUCGACAAUGGCCUCGGAAGAACACCAGCGAUGGGAGACAACUGAUGCAUUGGUUAGAACCGGACUCAGAGAUGUUGGGUAUCGCUAUGUCAAUCUGGAUGAUUGUUGGCAAAAGACAAGAAGUCCGAGCGGUGAGAUUCUACCUGACGAGAAUGCCUUCCCAUCGGGUAUGAAAGCUCUUGCCGAUUACGUGCACGGGAAAGACAUGUUGUUCGGACUAGUUUUAAUCAGUCCCCACAAUACAAAAAACUUUUGCUAUUGCACAUCUCUACCUAGUUGCCACGCAACAAGGACUGGAUUCGAAAGGGUUGAAAGCGGUAAUUAG